UCUGAUCCUCAGCCUUGCGUCUCCCUUCUGCAGUACUUCCCCGCUUGGUUUGAAUAGAUGCGCCAUUAUUGCACUCUACACAGCAUGUUUGCAGAUGGCUGCUUCAUCGUCAUCGAUGACUUCGCUUUCGUUCCUUCCUUUAGACAUCACAGGGUCGUAUCUGGAAUGCGUACAUUUAUAUAAACGUCUUUUCGGCCACUUGACUCGCUCUCCAAACUCUGGCGUACUAUCGAGCAACCUCAACGUAGAAAAAGCGCUCGAUCAGUACGUGAGAUUGCGCUCGUGGGGAGAAGAAAGUCGUGCAAUAUUGCCAGCCGAUUCCCGUGGUUCUCUGGACGAUGUCCUGAGAGACAAUUCAACUUUGAAGCCAAUCGUCAGCGAUGUUCUCCGCAAGAUCAAACGCCAGAUAGACCAUGUCUUGAAAAUGAUACAGAUCAACGAUAGCCCAGCGGAAAGACAUGGACUCGUCGGAUUCUCGCAAACUGAUGAUUCCGAUCGCAGUGACACGAGUUCUGAAGAUGAAAGUUUUGGCACAGAAUCACAUAUGCUUCUCACCAAACGCAGCUCCACGAGAAUCUUCGCUAAUAUCGGAGAAGAUAUCGAUUCACUUUACCAGGUCUUGCUAAUGAUAGACAGGCCGGGUUACAGUCGACAUUAUAUUCACUCAACGAAAAAUGACGGGUCAGACUAUGGAUCAUCUAGUUAUGCGUAUUACGACCUGCGUCACAUCGAAGAUAAGAUUCAUAGUUGGACCCAGAACUUUUUGGCUAUAGGUGCUGGGAAUGUUGGGAGCGCGGUAGGAAAUGAGAUUCCUGUUACUUCAAGUCUGGAUCCGAUGAAGUCAAAGAUCCUCAUCUUGCGACUUGCAAGAGCCAAUACCAAGCGUCGGCAACAGCUCGAACACUGGCAAGAUAACCCUGAUAAAGCAUUUGAUUUGAACACUAGUGCCGCAGACGACGCAACGGAACAGUCGAUGCCAGCCGAACCACAAGUUGAGAACACAAGAGAAAUCUCAACCGCAAAGUCUGUCAUAUCGAAAGAGACUUUUUCCAAGGUUGCUGUCUCCGAUCUUUUCGACAAGAAAACAGUAGUUGGACCACCGAGGACCAUAUACACAAAUUCAACGGGAUUCCAGAGUUCAAAUCGAGUGCCCAAAGUUCCCUCCACAGCAUUCCUGCAGAAAGAAUUUGAAUGCCCGUACUGUCGGCUUCAUCUAGAUUCAGAAAGAAUGCAAAACCGGCAAGAGUGGAAACGCCAUAUGUUCCGAGACCUUCGUCCAUAUUCGUGCACGUUUUCCGAAUGUCAGAAUCCAGAAAAGCUGUAUGCAACACGUCGGGACUGGAUAUAUCAUGAGAUGCAGAUGCAUUGGCGACAAUGGGUUUGCGAAGAACACGGUGGAAUAUUUCACUCAAGAGAAGAUGCCUUGAAGCACAUAGCCGUUGCACAUAAUGGUCUAUCGCAACACCAAACUGCAAUGCUGAUCGAGAUGUGGGAAAGGCAAUUAGACAACAUGGAACUUGUAUCUUGUCCGCUAUGUCCAAGUCAGCGGCGACUGCAGAUCAUGCAUUCUCACAUUGCCCAGCAUCUGGAGUCCAUUGCUCUGUUCGUCAUACCUGGUGACGACAAUGAAGAAGAAGAGGAAGAGACCGAUGAAUCCGAUGAAGCUGACUUGAAAGAUGCUACUGCUGCAGUACUGAUGAGUACUCGAAUUGUAUCGGAACACGAGGAAUUACCAAAAGACCUACAGAAAGAGACUAUCAAACAUGAAGAGAAUGGGGAAGAAAGUCAAAGUCUUUGGUACAGAUUUGAAGACAUCGUUGCACAGAUUGGAGCUAUACCCCAUACGUCCACCAAAGCCAGGGAGAGAUAUGAGGAAGAAAAGAGGAUCAUAAUGGGGAGUUACUUCUCUCAGGCAAACAAAGCAGCAAACGGCCCAUAUGUAUUCCAUGUCAAUGUUGUCGAGUACAUCAAUAGUAGGACAACACCCCCUCCCGCAUCUGGCGAUAGAUCCUCAGCUCAAAGAACGUUGAUAAUCGCUGUUGAUAUCCCCGAAUCAAAAGCAUUCCUACACAAGUGUCGGAAGAAUUCUAAGGGCAGAUUCGUCAUGAUCUCGUCGUGGGAUUUGCUGAAUCUAACGGAGAUCGAUAACUUUGUCCACAAACAGCCCCAGAGUGAGCAAGAGACCAAAGAAAUUAUUUUGGCUGGAAACACUGGCUUCUUAUUGCGAUUACCAAAGACGUACUACUGGGAAGCCUCGGAAGAGAGCAUGAAGCAAUUCUUUCUCGAAACUCUAGUCAAACUCUACCACAGAUACACACAGAACAAUGAAUUUGACGAAGGGACAUAUCCGAUCCUAGAAGGAUUCAGUGCUGAAGAGCUGGACAAAUUGACGGAUGGAAGACCAUACGCUGCAACAGAGGAAGGACGUGCAGCCUGGAAAGAGCGGAAUCAGGACCCGGGGGCAUACAGAUCUCGAUUGGCUCUGUCGGGGACUGGUUCCAAUAAUUUUGUCCUAGACUUGAGCAAACUGAGCAAUGAGGGUCCUGCCGUCAAGUUCAAGGGUGUCGCUUGCACCUUUCCAGGCUGCGACAAGGCAUUCGACCGAGUGGAUGAUUUCAGGAGCCACCAGAAAACUCACAUGUAUCAUCCCCAACGGCCUCAUGUGUGUUCUGUUUGCCAAGAGGGCUAUUUGACUCCCAAGGAUCUUGAGCGUCACCAGUUUAUUAUGAAACACUACGAACGAGAUCGAUAA